CUGCAAUUGCCUGCGGCAGAACGACUAUCCAUCUGGUCAAUUGCUAUCAACAUUCUCCUUCUCUCAACACCUUGUAUAUGCUCCAGUGAUCCUUUGAUUGCCCUUUCUCUCUGCCCGCUUCGCUCCUCAGAACACUCCAUCAAAAAUGAGCUCUCCGUUCGACAUCAAUGGCGGCGCCUGUGUCGCAAUGGUCGGCAAAGACUGCGUCGCCAUUGCAUGCGAUCUCCGUCUCGGUCUCCAAUCAUUAACCGUUUCGAACAACUUCCCGAAGAUCUUCCCCUUCGCGCCCUCCGUAUAUCUAGGUCUGGCUGGCCUAGCCACGGACGUCCAGACUGUCAGCGACACAUUCCGCUACAAAGUCAACAUGUACCGAUUAAGAGAGGAACGCAACAUCUCACCACAGACCCUGGCCAACUUGGUCUCCAGCAGUCUGUACGAGAGGAGGUUUGGUCCUUGGUUCGUCAGUCCAGUGCUGGCUGGCAUCAAUCAUACGACAGGAAAACCAUUCAUCUGCGGCUUCGACAGUAUAGGCUGCAUUGACUUUGCCAAAGACUUCAUCGUGGCUGGUACGGCGAGUGAUCAAUUAUUCGGUACAUGCGAAGGACUAUGGGAGCCUGACUUGGGACCUGAAGACCUGUUCGAAACCAUCUCACAAGCUCUCCUGAACGCCGUCGACCGAGACGCACUGUCCGGUUGGGGCGCACAUGUCUACAUCAUCGAGAAGGACAAGGUCACGAAGCGGUUAUUGAAAGGCCGGCAGGAUUAAUCUCAGGAAUGGAGAGCCAUGAGACAUACCAAUGUCGGCAGUAGAGGUACCAAAUGGACAUCACUACAAAGCCCUGGAAAACGGGGUCUUGAGCGAUCUCGAAAACCGACCACUUCGUCCUGGAAGCUGGUCGCAAGAAAGACAUUCAGUCAUCUGAGCAUAUCGAAUGGCGUUAUACGGCGAUGAUCGGGUCUGUUGAGGCAUGCGCAUGGAUGGCUAUUGAUUCUGAUCCAGCCUUGCUGAGAGGGAAAGCGUUUAAGGUCACGACUGGUACAGAUUUGAGAACUCUAGUCAGGCGGGUCGGGUCAAUACAGCCCAGCCCUACAGUGAUCCGGGAAGAAUUACUGCCCGAAUGCCAUAGAGAAGGAAUGAAUCAAAUCCAACAUG